AUGGCGCUCCCAAGCUCGGCUCAGCUGCUCCUCCGACGAGCAGUCCGCCUCACAGUCUCAAUUGAAGCAAAACCCAUCCUGACGAGACGCCCAUUCCACGCCUCGGUGCCGGUGCUGAAGAAGCGCAAAAUCGCAGCAGCAAGCAACUCGCCCCCACGCGCGCAAGCUCCGCCUUCACCCUCCCCUUCGUCGACGUCUCCGAACUCCGAAGACCCGCUCGACUUCUCCUCGCUCGUGGCCUCGCUCGCCCCCCAAGACACGCACUACAAGUCGGCGCUCCAGACGAUCCUCCACGGCGGACGGUUCAACCCGUCGGCGCUGGGCGCGCUCCCCAUCACAAUCAAGUCCGCCUCGGGCGAGGCGUCGACGUUCCCGCUCCGCGAGCUGGCGCAGGUGGUGCCGCGGACCAACCGCACCAUCUCGCUCCUCGUCAACGACAGGGAGUACAUCAAGCCCAUCAUGAGCGCGGUCCAGUCCAGCCGCGAGUUCAACCAGCAGCCGCAGCGGUCCGACGAUAACGACCUCGAGCUGCUGCUCAGGGUGGAGCUGGAGAGGAGGGAGGAGCUGGUGCGGCGCGUCAAGGAGACGACGCACGCGUGGAGGGACAAGGUGCGCCAGGCGAGGACCAGGCACGACAAGGUGCUCAAGGGGUGGCAGAAGGACGGGACCGUGCUCAAGGACGUCGUGCGGAGGGCCGAGAGGGAGCUGCAGAAGCUGCAGGACGGCAAGAUGAAGGAGAUUGACGGCGAGGAGAAUGCUGCCAUCAAGGGGCUGGACCGGAACUAG